CGGAAGUGAACUGGGAUUAAAGCGGUGGUAGAGAUACACCACAUGUGACAUUCUCUGACAAGUUAGUUGUUUAAAAACAUAUUAACGUCAGUAUGUUUCAUGUGGCUACAAGGAUUCAAAACCCACUUGUCCGUGUCCUUUCCCCCCGGCCAAGUGUGCUGGUAGAGGUGGUUCGGGGAAGGAAAUCCCGCACCGACCCGAAGGCCAAGUCGAAAAUGGGGAGACUGAAGGUCCCGCCUCCGGUUGAUCCGGUGGAAAUGGUCGUCCUCAAGGAGAGAUUCACGCAUUAUAACAUGAUCUUGCGUUCCUUACGGUUCCUGUUUAAGGAGGAGCUGCUGCGGCGCCGGUAUGAGCAGGAGGUGGGCUCCCUGGCGGAGGAGCGGGCCAAGCAGGAGGCGGAGGAGCACCACGCCCUCAUGGCCUGGAACACCGCGGAGAACCAGCGGCUGCGAAGGCAGCGUGAACUCCGCAUUCAGAAGGAGGCAGAGGAGCAUGAUUUGAAGAAAGUGGAGGCUGCCAUUUUGAGAGAGAAGAAGAUGGAGAGCCAUGUGAAGGAGAAGAAAGAGGAGAUUUUGCAGCUACUGGAGGAAGCAAAGACAUUUAUCACCCUGGAGAAUUUGGAGCAGCGCAUUGAGGAGGCCCUGGACAAUCCCAAGAACUACAACUUUGCCAUAGACAAAGAGGGUCGGGUGGUGAAACGGACAGUGCUGCAGUGAAUCAGGAGAGCCACACUGACCUGGCAUCAGUUCCCAUGAACACUGUCUGUUCUGGGAAAAUAGCCCAGUGGUGACAGAUGGAACUCCUGUUCUGAUGCCGUUUUGGUCAUUCCAUUUACCAGUGGCAGGCAGAUCUACUGGAGCCUCAGUCAUUCACUUUACAUUUUACACCUCCUUAUGAGUGCACCUACUGCCUUGCAGUUGCACUAGCUUGCAGUGUUUGCUCUGUGAGGCUAUAUGAGAAUGAACAGUACGCCAGUGUGUCUGUUCCUGUAAAACCUGAGAUGCCAAACUGUUCUGUUGCUGUCAUCAGUUGUAUAGUGCACCCAGGGCCAUUAUUUUGGGGAAAAAGAUGAAUAGGUGGAUUUAUCAUUUAGCGUGCAGUUGAAUUUUUAAAUAACUGACAGUUUCUUCUAAAGAUAAAAGCGUAUGUGAAAGUGUAUCCUUGGGAAAGUACUUAGUUGGCCAUACCAUCACACACCAGGCCACUGAGCCUUCUGAGGCUCAUUUAUGUCGAAUCAACAGGUACAGUCAAAUGCUUUCCCUGGAAUUUAUGCACUCAUAGAGCAAGUUAUUUUAAAGAAAAAUAAUCUACUGGAAGUGACUACACAAUGCACUCAUUGAUUUUUUUGGUGCAGAGACCCCAAGGCACUGAUACCCUGCAGGUUGAGUAUAUAAUUUAUUAAACAAUGUUCUCCCAUUAGACCACCUAGUGAUGCCUACACUUUACAUUUUUGUAACUGUAAUAUAGACUGUAACAGAAUGUAUAUGGAGUAGGGUUUGCAAUGUCAUGUCAAGU